UGACUAAAGAUACUUUAUACAGAUAUACUGAGUUGUUUUGUUUUUACUUAGUUCUCUGCUGCCUCUUCAUCAUGCCUCUUAGAAGCAUCAUGGUUUUCAUCAUCCCAUUUUUCAUCAUAGUUGGGGUACCGAGCCCAGCUGACUCUGCUGGUAUUCACUCCAGAGUAGCCUGCUGUACAAAAUAUGAUGAUAUAGUGGUCACGUACGAGGCCAUAGAAGGCUACUGGAACCAAACUGAUCUGGCACACUGCCGCAUCGAGGCCAUCAUUUUCUACACCUCCAUCCCUGGUCACCGAGAAGUCUGUGCAAAUCCAAAGGAUAAGUGGGUUCAGGAUGCUGUUAAAAGGCUGAGCGGUAAAGAAACUAAGAAAACUGAAAAAAAAUCCCACGCAUGGAGGAAGGGGAUCUUUCUACAAUACUGAAUUGCUAAAAAAACAAAAUAAAUGUUUUUUAUAAAGUAAAAAUUUGCAGCAAGGAAUUAAGAGAAUUGAAUCUUCUGUAAUAAAGUCUUUGAGAAUAAUCUCUUAUUUAAAGGCAUUGGUGAAAUUUUGUAAUAAUAACUAAUAUAUAUAUAUAUAAAAUGAUUCCAGCAACUCAUUCCACCAGGUGAAAUGCAUUAUAUGAAUUAAUUAAACACAGACCACUGUUUAAACUCAUUGACUACUUUUCAUUAUUAUCACUUUUUGUUUGAGACUAAGAAAAUAUGAUGUUUAAAAGUAAAUUAAGACUAUUAAAGAAACAUGCUGUUCUUCUAAAAACUGUGUUAAAAAUGUCUGAAAAAAAGGUUCAUAUGUAAAAAGGUAUUGUUCAUUAUGCAAUGGAGCCUCAUCCAAACUGUUUUAUUAAAUAUGGCUGUACUUUCUUUCUACUUCUACAGGCUAUGUCAAGUUGACUUAUUGUCACAUUUUAGUUUUGUCGUACCGUGGGACAUGUUAUGUCAUGAAUGUCUUUUAAACAUUUUUCUUUAUGUAACUGUAAUGCUUCCAAAAAUCAUAAAAUAUUUUUU